AAAAGCUACCACAAAAAUGAAGUCAAUAUUAAAAGUCGCUUUCAAAUCACCUAUCCUGCUACUGAUUUGUCUAAACAUUUGCGCAGCCAGAUGGGAGAGCGCUUAUGAGCACUUAUGUGACAAAAAAGGCUGUAGUUAUCUGGUGAGAUUGGACGAUAUUGUGGAUAAGAUUCCGCAUCAUUUAUUUUUCGAUUGGGAAUGGAACGGCUUUUAUUCGGUGUAUAUGGAUGAUGAUUCGAACAAUUUUCAAUAUGGUCAUGAGAUUUGUGUGGACGUAAACGGCUGUAAUGGCACAUUUAUUUGUGCUCAAAUCCAUGAAAUGACCAAAUUGAAGGAGCAGGUGGAUCUUAUUGUUGCGGGUCGCGUUCUUGUAGAUAAUGUACCGAUUUAUGCAGAUGAUGCUAUGACAUUCACAUUUUCAGGCACUGAGAACUCUAUAACAAUGCCAACGGAUGUGGAAAAUUUUUUAGUAGAAUUAGGUUACUGAACAUGUGUGUGGAUCAGAAUAUUAUGUGUAUAAAAAAAUCAAGCCAACUAACUAACUUUAUGUUCUUGACCAGGUGUAACCGAAUUGAUAAAAAUUUUCGUAUAUUGGUACAACCGUUUUCUAUAUACGUGUGAUUUUUGAUUUCCAUAUGAAAAUUAGGUCAAUUAUGAAGCCGAUAACAAAGAUUGAUUGACAAAUGUGAAAAGGUUGUUAGUCCGAGUCAAAUUUGAUCAGUUUGUUAUAUGCAAUAUAUGUAUACAAAUGGAACAACGGAUGAAUUCCAAUCCGGCCAAGCAACUCAUUUUUUAUGGUUUAUUCUGGUCUAGAAAUAAAAAAUUAUAUAUUUUUCUCAAAGUCAACU